GAAACAGUGGUGUUUGCCGCCGUCCUGAAAACACAAGUGUAAAUAUGAAGCUGUCUGUUGCUACUGUCCUGUGCCUCUCCCUUCUCCUAGUUCACAUUCAUCUCUCACUGGCAGGCAAAAGCAAACUGUCACUAAAUCCCUUUAAGAAAACUGUUAAAACAAAAACUAAUCUGGAUGCCAAGACGAAUAAGGCCAAACAACCCAUCCCAAAUAAAGGAAGUUACCCUAAGCAGCCUGAAGGAGGUUAUGCCGACCCAGGUAGAUACCCUCAGCACCCAGGGAGAGGCUAUCCUCAGUAUCCAAACCAACCAGUACAUCAUCCUUAUGAUAGAGGUUACCCCCACUACCCAGGCUACACAAAUGGAGGAGGUUACAGUGUUUAUCAAAAUUAUCCAGGUAAUUACAUCAACCACAACCCAAACAACAAAAUCCUGAGCCCUCACUAUGGUGGCAGCUUUGGAUACGGCGGCUAUGGAGGUGGGGGUGGAUCUCCCUUCUCUCACUCAGUUCAGCACAUGGGAUUUGCUCCGUCUGAUAAAUCCAAAGGGUUCGGGCGCAGCGCAGUCAUUGCAGCGGCUGGAGGGGCUAUGGCAGGAAUGGCUCUGGGCUAUGGGAUAGGAAGGUUCCCUCGUCCCCAAUUUGACUUCCACAGCCCCCAGGAGGAAUACUACUACAACUACUACAUGUACAGGAGAUACGGUAUAAAAUCCACUGACAGGAAUGACUACAGCAGGGACUACCAGUUCAGUCAACCACCUGAGACCUUUGACAGCUACAUGACCUCCUGCAUCAAGAGAACGGACCUUCUGCCAGGAGAGAACCGAAGGUCAGAAACCAAACCACUCACCACCACAACUAAAACCACAACAACUACCUUUGCAACUACCACAACUACUAGCCCUAAAAGCAACAUGAUAAGUAACACCAAAGCAGCAGGAAACUUCUCACUCACCUCAAAUUCAACCAACAACCCUCUCAAUAAAUCUGAGGUCUAUUCUACAACUCUGAAGGUUUCACGGAUUCUCCACAACAACGAGGCAAAUGAUGACACAGUCAGCAUUGUGGAAAUUGGCUACCCAGCGCUAAUCAAACAGAUGAUGGUUAAAAGAUGUACUGAGCUUUACAUCGUUUACUCUGAAAAGCACUUGAAGAAAAAAUUGCAGCAUUCACCUGGCAGUGGGGCACAAAGGCUACAGAUAGGAUGGUAUUGGCUCCUUUCUGUUCUCAUAAGCACAACUAUGAUGGUAAUUGACUGCAACAUGUUGAUGCUGCACAAUUAAUACCCCCACACUUGAUCUUCAUUGUCUAGCCUCUGCUGCAAUGUCUUUUAUUUUCCAAGGCUUUCUGAACACCAUCCUCCUAAGGAACUGUGACCCCACAAAGAAUGCCCCGUGCUGGGUGUUAUGGUUGAAUUGGGUUGUCUGGGUGUUGAGGCAUUAAUGGUACUUUACUUGCUUUCCAGGGUUGAUGCAGGCAUUUGAGCAAUUGAUUGUGUCUCCAGGUAAAUUGUCUUUGAGAAAGGCUUUCCUUGCACCCAGUGAGGAUGUGAAGGAAUGGAGCAGUCACAGCACUAAUACAGGCACAGCAGGUCUUAAAGACACAUUCUCUCAUCCCGAUGUUUUUUUCUUGUGGCAAGGCAUUGCUUAUUUUAACACAAUAUAUGCAAAAGGGUUGGACAGCGGUCCAUGCUUUUCACUCCCUAAAAACAUUCAUCUGUGAAACUAAAAUACUGUUGAAAACCAUAAGUUGCAUUAAAAAUUUGAUAGACUAAAGCUGUCCAAUAUAUUGACAGGGCACAUCAGUGGUCAUAUAAAGGCUCUGGUUAUAUUCUGAUUUAAAGGUCUGAACAUGGCAUACGUGCAUGACUUACCACCUGGUUUCAUGGUUCAAGCAGAACAUGAUUGUUUUUGCUCUUGACAGUGAUCAGUAAUUAAGUUAUUGCUUAAGGAACUUUAAUCAUGACGGCUAAUAAUCACCCGUGUUGAAGCAAAGUCCUCAGCAACACCAGACUUAAAAACAUGGAAAAUAUCAUAAACGACCCUAAAAAGCUAAUGGCUGUUUUUCUAACUCAAUGCAGCUAACGGUGGUGCAUGGCUAACGCUUUCUUGUACAUAUUCCUAAUCAACAAGAUGAGAUUUGUUUUAGCUAUGUAAAUUUACAACAUAUUAACUAGAGAUUUCUUUAAGCUGUUAUUGUCAUCCUCUACGACAGAGCCACCUCUAACAAAAUAGCAAAAGAUUUGUUUUAGCUGUUCUUUUUAUUUGCUUCUUCCUCUACAACAGAGACGCAGCUAACAACAUUAUUGUUAGCAGAAAAAGAUUACAACAUUAUUUGAUUGGGUUGUGUAAAUAUGCUGUUUAAUAAUUAAGCUGGUUAAACUCUUCAGCCACCACAAGGAGGGCUGCAGCCCUGGGAGACCCUCACUUCCCACACUUAUGAUGUCGAAUAUGCCAAAUUAACUCUAGGUGACCGACAGAGUGUAACAGAUCCUGAAAGAAAGCUUCUAGACUUGGACUCUUGUUUUAUUUAUCCAUGAAAUCUGACGACGUGCCAUCAGGGUUAGUUUGCAUUCUGGUGCUGCACGCACUGUAUUCUGCUGACGAUUUAUGUAAAUAGACAGAACUGUGAUUAGAGAUUCAAAUCAUAUCAACAGAAACAUUGCAACAGUUGGAGACUAAUUCAAGGGAAGAUCACAGAGUAAAUAUUAAUCUAUGUAAAUUUACAAUCUCCUGUAUGUUUGGGGUGUUUUCUGGAUAUCUUUAAUCCUUUUUUGCAUUCUCUAAUGUAUGUUUUGUCUGCAGAAAAGAUACUAAAGUGGAGAUGUUAAAUUGUGUUUCACAAGUUUUGAAUUAUUUUUACAUCAUCGGAUGAGUCUAUGUGUUGAAACAUUCUGUGUCUGUGUUAACAUCUUUAACUAUUUUCAAAAUAUGUUUUUCUGUAAUGAUGUAUAAUCUGCACAAAACAAUCUCUAAAAACAUGCAUUAUUAUUUUUAAACUUAAAUAAAACUAGUAAUGUCAACAAA